GUGGUCGAGCAAUAUUAGUUUUGAGUUGGUUUUAAUUGGUCGAUCGAGGAUGGCAGACGCAGCACCAGGAUCCUCCACAACUUCGAGGGUUGUUCUUCUGAUACUGAGAGUAUUCAGUUUUGUUCUCCUGUUAAUAUCACUCAUAGUCCUUGCAGUCAAUUCAGGAACCAUGGAAUCGGAUGUUGGAACUUUGAAAAUACACUUCAAUGAUGUUUAUGCCUACAGGUACAUGCUUGCUGCGAUUGUCAUUGGAUUUGCAUAUUCCCUCAUGCAACUUGCAUUCUCAGUUUUCCGCCUUCUAAUGGCAAACGGUUGUCUUGGCGGGGAUUGUGGCGUUUUACUCGACUUCUAUGGUGAUAAGGUUGUAUCGUACGUAUUAGCCACAGGUGCAGCUGCAGGAUUCGGAGUAACAACGGAUUUGAAAAGAGUGUUUGAAAUAGCUGGUUUAGAUUUUGGUGACAAAUUUUACCAAAUGGCAAAUGCAUCAGCCAGCCUCCUUUUUCUUGCCUUUGUGUGCACGGCUAUAUGUUCGGUUCUCUCUUCCUAUGCACUUCCCAAGAAAUUUUGAUUGUUGUGGAAAAGAAAAUAAUACUCCAAGCAGCUGCUUGUUUGAUUUCGAUUAUUUGUAAUUCUCUCUACAUAUCUCUCUGUACGUCUCCUUAGUUUCGAAGCAUAUGCAUAUUUGUAAUUUUCUUUUGACGAUCAAGUUCGCACCCCAUGUUGUUCCUCUAAGUUAUUGACAGGCAAAUAUUCAUCAUAUUUAAUAAGAUCCUUAAAUUCAUCAA